UUUUUGUUUUGUAUGAUGAAAAAAUUGGGGGGCCAUUUAAAAUGAUAUGAAUACCAUUAUCAUUAAUUUAUCAUUGCCUCAUUUCCACUUUCUAUUUUAAGAAUAGUGCCAACAAUGCAUAGCCAAGUUCAACCGGCCAAGCUAGAUAAGCUAGAUAAGCUGGCCUAUCUAGCUAUAUAUAGCUAUAAAAGGUUAUUCUGCUACAGAGUGAGUAGCUACAUAACAAGAAGAACUUCUACACCUCUGAAUCUCUACAACACCGACAGCUUGUAACUGAUCAAGGGCUACUGCUGCUUUAAUGAGUAGAUCCAUGUCUACACUAGUGUGUGUAAGCUGCCAAGAGUAUGCUUUCCACGAUCCCUACCAGUGUGAUUGUGGAGACAGACUUUGCAGCAAGUGUUACACCGGCUAUGCUGAGAGUGGCCACAAGAAAUUUAUUUGCUCAUCCUGUGAUGAAGAGAACAUUGUGACCAACUGUUUCCGAGACAAGGCAGUGGAGUACGAGCUUCGGAACACCACCCUCAAGUGCCUGAACCAGUCCUGUCCCUGGGAGGGGGAGAGCAGGUUCUAUCAGGAGCAUAAGAAGUCAUGCAAGUUUGGAGCAGUACAGUGCCCCAACUUGAUAUACGGCUGUAAAGAGGAACUGAUUAGGAGUCAAUUACAGAACCACCUCAAUAAAUGCAACUUCAACCCCAUAACUUGUCGAUGGUGUGGACAACACACCCUCAAUGAAGACAUUCACGUUCAAAAAGAGUGUGAGAUGGCACUAGACUACUGCCCCAAUGGGUGUGGGGAGAGGUUACCUAGGAGAGAGAUCUUUACCCACUCCCCACAGAUGCUCAAGCAUACUAGGACAGUAUGCACUCACCAAGUAAGAGAAUGCGACUACAAGGACUUGGGGUGCACUUACAAGGGUACCAUCAAGGACCUAACGAAGCAUGCAAAGGAGUACCCUGCAUAUCACAACCAACUACUAAAAAUGGCUAACAAAGAAAUGAAGCAAUCUCUUGACCACCAAAUUGCCUUGAUAGACAACAAAACAGAUGACCUGAAAUCUGAAAUUAGCAAAAUUCGAUCUGAGGUGCAGUCACGACUGCAACCAGUAACAGAUGCUGUGGUAAAAGCUGAGUCAGCAAUUAUCCGACUACAAGAUGGACUCAGUGAGGUAUCUCUGCUAUUGCAAACACUUCAAGCAGCCAGUUACGAUGGAACAUUCAUUUGGAAGAUCCCCGAAGUAUUGCGAAGAAGAAACGAAGCUAGAACUGGGAAAACUGUAUCUCUGUAUUCUGCUCCAUUCUAUACGAGUCGUCAUGGAUACAAGCUCUGCCUGAGACUCUACAUGAAUGGCGAUGGUACUGGGAAGGGCACUCACUUGUCGUUCUUUAUCACCCUAAUACGAGGGGAGUACGACGCCCUCCUCCCCUGGCCAUUCAUACAGGCAGUCACUCUGACCCUGGUGGACCAGAACAAGCAGCGGGACAUUGUCCAGUCGUUCCGUCCUGAACCAACCUCCUCGUCAUUCCAGAGACCAUGCAAUGAGAUGAACGUUGCCUCAGGCUGUCCCACAUUCGCCCUCGUCUCCGUCCUUGACAACGUCUCCUACGUCAAGGACGAUACCUUGUUCCUUAAAUGCAAAGUCAACACCACUGGUCUGACCAAUGAAUGACAAAACUGUCUCUGAGUACUUGACACCAUCAUUUAUUUUAUUCGUUAAUUUUUGUGUGCUGAUCGAGUACUCCUCUUCAUGUAUAUUCAAACCAAAUUUGUUAAUUAUUUAUUUAUAUGCCAUGUUCAUUAUAGUUAUUCAAGCAACUUAAAUAGUUUAUGUUUGUGCUAUAUAAGUCUGGAUUUAAACG